AUGUCAUCGCGGCCACUCCGUCUCGGUCAGUCAUUGAUCAGAAACACACGAUACACACGCUGCCAACAGCGAUUAAGCUGUGUACCCUUCUCACAAUGCACGCGAUUACAUGAAACCGCCUCAACAGGCAAAACCACACCGAUCACUCCAUCCCACGACGCCCACCAGCAUCAACAACAAGACCAACCAGAGAAACGCUCCUUCGCCCUCCCCGCCCUCGCCCUCUUCGCGCUCGCCAUCCCCCUCGGCUGGUACCUCAUCCCAAAUCAAUACCAAUCGGGCCUCGCCUCCCGGCACGAAUUCGUCAAAUACACCCUCAUAGCAAAAGAGCCCGUCUCCUCUACAUCUUCCAUCUUCACACUCAGACCGACCGCCGGGGUAGCAUUGGACCUCUACGACCCUUCCCUCGAACGCGCUCUUACGUCUGUGGAGUUUAAGCAGCCGCAGUUGCAGAUUGCGAGGAGCUACACGUUACUGCCGCAGGCGCGGGGACAGCAUGAGGAUGAGGUGAGGUUUUUGAUAAGGCGGGAGGAGAGGGGGGAGGUUAGUGGGUUUUUGCAUCGAGUACCGGUGGCGGGUGAGGCCGAGGUGAGGGGCGUGAAGGGAGAAUACAAGGUGCCGGAGGAUGUGAGGAAUGUGGUGUUCCUUGCGGGUGGAACGGGCAUUGCGCCGGCGUUGCAGGUUUGUGAUUUGGUUGCGGAGGGAGAGGGGAGAGUGCAUGUAAUGUGGGCGACGAGGAGGAGGGAGGAGUGUGCGGGUGGACGGAGUAAUACUGUGCAAGAGAAGAAGGGAUGGUCCUGGUUCGGGUGGGCGAGCAAGACGGAGGAGAAACAGGUCGUGGACAGCGAGCAAGAGCAGGGCGUGCUGGUGCGCAUGUUGGAGGACGUGAAGGAGGAGGCUAGAGUGGAGGAUGGGCAAAGCAGCAGGAUCAUGGUGGAUUACUACGUUGACGAGGAGGGUACAUAUAUCAAGCCAGAGGAUGUCAAGACGGUACUUGACAAGCUGAGACAUACUGGUGAUGGAGAGACUCACGGCCGAAAUGUUCUGAUUGUCUCUGGGCCCGAAGGCUUCGUCAACUACUGGGCAGGACCGAAGCAGUGGAUGAAUGGUUGCGAGGUUCAAGGACCGGUUCGAGGAGUACUGGCUACAUUGAAUCUGGACGAUUGGGCUGUCUUCAAGCUAUGA